UCAUGUCUGCAAACAAACCACUCAUAAUAUUUAACAUAAUCACCGGAGUGGUGUAUGGGAAGGUUGCCUGACCACGAAAAUGACUUGCAGUAGGGCCGCCAAGUUAUAAUAGAACCAGUAUAAGAGGAAGCAUGUUCAGUUGUGUGUUGCAGUCGACAAUCUCAAUGCAACAGAAUGGAUCGUAACUGCUACUGCUGUGGACCUGGCGGAUCAGCUAAGAUGAAUACUGCUUCACAAGGAGAGAAUCGUGGAUGUCAAAUGGAUGUAGAUUUGGCCUUGUCAGAACUGGAUUCUCUUCAGUCAGUAACAGGGGUAAAUUAUACCAGGGGCUCUGGCGCUGUCAGCACUGAGAGGACGGUAGGUCGUCAUGGAUGCAGGAUGCCUCGUGAGCGAUCCCUAAGUGAGAGCAUAUCACCAUCAACCCACUGCUUGAUCCGUUCCUGUAGUGAAAGUUCCUUUGAGUCUGAGUCAAAGAAACAAACGGCUUCCAGUGGUGAUAUCAGCAUUAAUGUCAAUGCAUGUAUUAAUAGCAAGAAAAUCAAUUCUGCUCCAUUAACCCAGAGCCACAUAGUAGGGGGCUACCAUCUAGUUCGUAGGAAUUCAGAGUUUGUGUCCAGCAUUGUGACACCAUAUUCCAGAUCUCAGCUUUGUCACUGGUCAUCUCUUCCUGCCAGCUGGAGCUACGGUGAAAGCAGUGGGCUCAAUGCUGGCUGGUACAGGGAUUAUGAUAUCCAGGAAAGAGUCCAGCGUCGUGCAGCCCGGCUUAGGCUGGAGCGAUCUCGAAGGCUAAGAAGACCCUACCUGAUACCUUUUCGGAUGUGCCAGUCCAUGCAGGAUGAGGGUGCGACCAGUCUUGCUGACUUUUGGUUAACUCCAAGUUCUCCCUCUGCUUCCACAUCAAAAUCAAACACCACGUCACCUAUCAAGCAAGAUGUAGAAGGAAACAUGUCAGGGACAAAUAAGCUAGUGCGGUCGCAUUCUAUUGAUAACUUGGAGCUGGCAAAGCUGAAACUUUCAGACACUUUUAAUGGACAACUUGAAUUGGCUAAAGAGCGCCAGGCAGUAGAACAGGUGGCUACUGGCUUGCAGAAUCUCCAGAUGGUUUGAUGACUCUUUUUGGUCAUGUUUACAUUCAAAUGUUCAGCCACAAUGUCAGUGAUUGAGUGGAUGUUUAUGGUGUAUGUUCCUGAGGAAGCAAUGUGCUCUUUAAAAGCGUAUGUAUGUGUGCCUUUUAUGCAUCUGUGUGUUAUCAAGUCAUAGAUGGGAUAAUAACAAUGGAAUUUGCACACAAUAAAUGUGACUGAUGACAUCUGUUUAGCAAAUAUUCAAUGCUGCUUUUUUUCCUGGGUUUACAUUAGCAUUAACUUUUUACCUUUCAAACAUUCUGUGGACAUACACCAUCUCAUUCUCUCAAUUCUUAGUUUCUCUCUUUUACACAAUUAACCCUUCCCAACACACCUCCACCCACCCUGCUCUUUAUCUUGAGGGCUUUAUAAAGAAACCCGUCAAAAACAGCAUUUACUGGUUUAUAUUGCAAAUGCCUGCAGUUUUGCAUUUUUGUUUGAAACAUUUUAGUGACUUUGGAAAUGCUUUGUAAUGGUCGCAGUUGCUUCUGGACCAGUUCUGCAUUUCCAUCCAGACAUGUUUACACAUCCUCCAAUGCCUGUUUAUAUUAAUGAGGAAGGAUGGUGACAGAUGGGGGGAGGAGGUAGGACCGUAACGGAUUCAGGAGUGUCAUUCAGUCUAGACAGUCUUAUGUUUUUUAAAUUUGCAGUGUGGAUAAACAAUUACAGUUGAAGGUAAUUAUCUUAAAGGAAGAGAUAGAAAUGAGAACAAAAGAGAUAAAGUCUUGAACAUGCAAAGUCAUCAAAGGUUUAUUUGUACAGGAGAUUGAUGUGCUAAAUAUUAAGCUAUUAAAAAAAUGGGCAAGCUGUGUGUUGCCAUACUAAACUCUAAAGCAUUCUUUUGUUUAUUUAAUGUUGUACCUUGUUUAUGGAGAAAUACACCAUAACACAGUUUGCACAAUAAAAUUGUUAAAAAUAAUCUUUUCUGACUCUUCAAGUUUUGCAUGAUAUUUGGGGCCCAAACCAUCUGUGAACAUUCUUUAUUUUUCGCUCUUGUGAAGGAUGCAAAAUCAAGAGUGGUAUAUUUCUGCAUUGAUUUUAAAGCCUUUGGUGCAUUUGAAAGCACUGUGAUUUUCUUGAAUUACAUCUUUAAAAUUUAUCUUUCUGAGAAGAAAAAUUGAUUAAAUUUAUAGUGCAGGAAUAUGCAUAGAUAAUUGUAUAUGUCUGGCAUAUCCAAGUUUAUGACAUAAUCACAGUGAGAGAUGUGCAUAUUUUUACCAAAUAUAGAAAUUAAGUGUUAAUAGGUCCAGAAUGGUUCAAGCCAUUUAAAUUGGAGUGUAUGUCUGUGGCACUUUACAGGUAUUGGGUGCUUUAAAACCUGAAAGAUCAGUCUCCAUGGCAAAAAAAUAGACCACAACUAAAGCUAAAAUACUUGUAUUAGCAACAGCUUUGCAGUUACACAGCAUAAAUGUCUUUGAAUCAUCUCUGAUUACCAGUUUGAGAACUGAAAGUAGUUGGAAGCAGAUAUUUGAACAGUAUAGGUUUCACAGGUAGCUUAUAUCCAAAGAUUUGCCUGUAAAAAUGUGCACAUUUAUAAGGAUCAGUCCCAGAUAGGUAAGACUGAUAGAAACUGUUCAUAUCAGUGCAUUUUUCUAAUCAAAGGUGAUGAAGCGAAAUGCAAAGUGAAGGAAAAAAAACCAUGACAUCAUAACCUCAAAUCUUUAGUUGUUAUUGUCAUUCAUGCAGGUUCCAUCCAAUCAAGCCAUUAGAAGACUGGAUGCCAGAUGGUCUGGGUUACAAGAGCAAAUAGAAGCUCAUGUGUCUUGAUAAAACACAUUGUAUCUAAAUGCUCAAUGUAAAUGUGCCAUCUCGAACUAUGUAUCUUUAUUUUAUUAUUAAAUGCUGCAAAUUCCACAUUCUGCUAUGAAAGAAUGGCUUGAUCCAGGGAGGGAGGUGAGGGUACUUCUCAGGCCAGAUGGAAGCAAUUAGUAAAGCUUGACCACCAGGGUAACCAGGACUGGGUGUGCUUCUACCUCUCAGGUCAAACUAUUCUAUCCUACUGUAAUAUUCCUACUGUAAGUUAGAAAGAAGUUCAGCCUGUAAGUUUUAAAAUAUACCUUGAGGCAUUGUUUUGUAAGAGACUACAUUUACUCCUAAACAUAUUGCCUUCAGUGUGUUCAGUGCUGAUAUUUAUUGCAGUGUGUUUCCCAUAAUUCUUCCAUGUUCAGUGCUUCCCUUGAUUCUUUACAUUCCUGGAUGUACAGUAGAAUCUUCUAGCAGCUGUUUUAUUUUCUCACCCAUUGGCAUUUAUGUCAUUUAACAUGGUCAAUUAUCACUCAUUGGCAUUUAUGUCUUUUAACAUGGUCAGUUGCAAAAGUGUGAAGUGUUCUUUUUUGAAAAGAUGAUGACAUGAUUGAAAAAGAUUUAUUUUGCUAGAAAUUUUCAUUGACAGUAUUUGAAUGGCAUUUGCUUUCUGAGCAUUUUAUUGCUGACCCAUGAGUACAUGCAAAGCUUUAUAGGUCAAAAACAUUAUUUGUGGUUCUAGUCUGAUGGGCUAUGUUUGUUAGUGAGAGAAAUAGCAUAUAUAUACAUCCUUUUCAGCACACUGGGCACUGUGUGACUAUUCUCAUAUGAUCUUAGGUAAUUCCACAUUAAUGCAAUGGGCAGUGUUCAGUAUUGAAAGAUAUGUUCAAGAACUGUAUUUUUCCAAUAUUCAGUAUAGCUGGAAUAGUUUCCAGAAGUUACCUUUAUAAAUCAUGAGAUUUUACUAUACUUUUUGGGCUUACACCUUAUCCAACCUGAACAACUGUUGGUUUUUAGUAAAAUAAUUGUAUUAACUGACCAGCAAACUGAACAUUUCUGAUGUUCUUUGAAAAAGUGUUUUACAAUUUUUUUGCUUGUCAGAAUAUUGCCAAUUUGUGUCUUGUGCAUGCUUUCUUUAUGUAAUUUAUGUACAGGCACAAGGAGAACAAAAUUUGUCACAAUGUGCUAGAACAACACGUUUUCUUAACUAAAAACAUAAGAUAAUCUCAAGAACACAAGAACUUGUGCUGAUAUGUUAUUUAGAAGAUAAAGUCCUGCUAGAAAGGAGCUAUUUUUGCAUCGACUUUAUUUACUAGGUGCUUCCAAUUUUUGCUGCACUUACCCAUGUUGAAAUGUAUUUUGCCUUUUUCAAACAGUGUGCUUCAUAAAAAUAAUAUUGACUGUUGACAAGUUCUUUUAUUCAGCAUGAAAAUUACACCCAAAUUCA